GCCACCGCCAAGCUGUUCGAGUGCUCCCGCAUCAAAGCACUCGCCGAUGAGCGCGAGGCCGUGCAGAAGAAAACCUUCACCAAGUGGGUGAACUCGCACCUGGCCCGGGUGUCCUGCCGCAUCAGCGACCUCUACGCCGACCUCCGCGACGGCUACAUGCUGACCAAGCUGCUGGAGGUGCUGUCCGGGGAGCAGCUGCCCAAGCCGACGCGCGGGCGCAUGCGGAUCCACUCGCUGGAGAACGUGGACAAGGCCCUGCAGUUCCUGAAGGAGCAGCGUGUGCACCUGGAGAACGUCGGCUCGCACGACAUCGUGGACGGGAACCACCGCCUGACGCUGGGGCUCAUCUGGACCAUCAUCCUGCGGUUCCAGAUCCAGGUGAUUAAAAUCGAGACGGAAGACAACAGGGAGACGCGCUCGGCCAAGGACGCGCUGCUGCUCUGGUGCCAGAUGAAGACGGCAGGGUACCCGGAAGUGAAUAUCCAGAACUUCACCACCAGCUGGAGAGACGGGCUGGCCUUCAACGCCCUGAUCCACCGGCACAGGUGUGCGGGCGGCUGCCUCCUGCUGGGUGACGUGAACAUGGAGAACCCGGAUGAGAAGUCCAUCAUCACCUACGUGGUCUCUUUCUACCACUACUUCUCCAAAAUGAAGGCCCUCGCAGUGGAGGGGAAGAGGAUUGGGAAG